GCACAUCGCAACAAUAGCGGCCUCAGUCUGAAACGGUCGGCCGGAUAGAACGCGACUUGUACUGCGGAUUAUCGUGCAAAGAAACGCGAAAUUGCCGAUAAAAGUCGACUUUUAUGUUUUAUCAUUUUUCGAGUGUGCUCGGUUUUGGACAAAUAAAACCAGAUUUUGGAUAUGGAGGCUGGCAGGUCGCAGCCGUAAUUGUCCCAAGCAGUUGAUGAUGUUAGAUCUCAAUCCAGACAUGCCCGACUGGAAGUGAGCGACCCAUCAUGCGACUGAGGCACUCGCGAUCCAUCUUCUGCUUCUGCUUCUUCAUCCACGUGACCUUGGCUUAUUCGAAAAAUGACUCGCCAGUCAAAAAUGGCCAAAGAACUAAUCCGAAAAAGCACAAUCCGGCUAACGUGGAGAACAGUGGCGUGGCAACACUGAGACACUCAUCAAAGUUUCCCCAUUUGGACCAAAUCAGGACCAGAAUUGCGGGCCUGGAUAGUGAUCGGCGAUUUAGUGAUAGGAGUUUUAACAGUGACGCUCGAUGGGGCUUUGGUGAUUCGGUGAGACUGCGCCAUCAUGGCUGGUCCAAUCGGGCACGCGUUACGACCACCACUACCACCACCACGCCCAGUCCUGAUGAUGACUUGUUCAAUAACUAUGGGGAAUUGGAUGGGGAUGAAAUGGAAGACGACUAUCCGGACAAUAUUUUUGAUACAUCAGACAAUGGAGACGCAGAAGUUAGUUUCCAAGCUGAGGAACCGUCGUCCACCAAGAAAUAUCCGCAAGAAUCUCAGACCUAUUCCUCAUUAACUGAGUAUAAAUGGAACCAGUUGGGCACCAGGGACCGAGUGAGUCAGGCUAGGAAACUCUACAUGGAACAGAAAGAUGCUGCUGCCGCUGUGAAAAAGUCCUCUGAAGAAAGCAAGACAACAGCUGUGGUGGAACACUUUAUCAGAGUGAGGAAUUCUGGAGAGUGCAAGAAGCCCAUUCCUAAAGUGAUUCCGGUUCAUCUGGAGCAUACAAACCCAUCAGUGACGUACAUCCCCCAUUGCACAGUGUUGCAUCGGUGUGCAGAAGAUACAGGGUGUUGCAAAUAUGACGCCUCAUGCCAGUACAAGGAGCGGGUGGAAGUGAGCCUUUAUUUUUAUGUAAAGCAAAUUGGCGCCGACGUCACCAAGGUGGAAAAGCUCAAAUUCUACAAUCAUACAGAGUGCGAGUGUCGACCCAAAACGGAAGCACAACCUGAUGAUGGAGGCAGCACGACGGAAAGGCAGAAACGGGUUGCUGAGCGUGCUGACAACGCGAUUUCAGUCCCAGUUGCAGGAAACCGUAUUCCGGAAAGUUUGCUGAAAAAGUGCAAAUGCCCCAAAGAGUUCAUUCCAAAAAUCAAAUUCGGCUCAAAGUGUUACUGUGACUGUGAAAACGACAACGAGGACUGCUUGAGAAUGAGGAAGGGCAAAGAGUACAGCAGCCUAAUCGAUCGAAUAUGCAUCCAGAAGCGGGAUUGCGGAAUAAUCGCCUGCGAUUACGGUCCCUACAAUAAGCUGAAAGGACGCUGUCCACGAUACGACGAAUCUUGAUAAACGACCUGUCCAGACACGUCCAAAUUACCAGCGAAAUACACCAUGUGAUGUUUUAAAAUGAUAAGUUAGAGUUAGGGAACUAUUUAUAUCGUUUUAAGUGCCUCCAAAGUGACAGUUUUUUAAUAUUUAUUUUUGUACUCUGAACGGUAUUUAUUGUUCUAGACCUAGCAUCUACAGGGUGGACCAAUUUAGUUCAGUAUUUUUCCUUUUCUUGGGGUGCCGCAUCCUCUAAUAAGGUUGACGAUCAUGAAGCCAUAUUGGUCUAUUCGCAAGAUUUUCAGCCACAAGUUUCUUCUUCUGUCUGGUUCUGUAUUUUAUUCUAUUUUGCUUUCAUUUAUGAGUUUCUCCAUUCGGUCUAGGACAUCGAUAUUGGAAGAAUGGCUUGUCCACCACACUUUUCGUAGACUUCGACACUUCUUUCUGUUGUCUUUGUGAGCGUCCACGUUUCCGCUCCUGCCGAGUACUUGCACAGCAAACGAAGCUUCUUUCGUUCUUAGUCCCUUUUUAAAGCCAAACUGCGUGUAACCCGUAUGAUUUUUUAAUUUAUUAUAUAUUUGUGCAUGAAAUAUCCGAACGAAUAUUUUCAGAUGACUCAAGCCUUUUUUCGUAUCGGAAUAAUAAUAGAUGUCCCUGCUGCGUUCUUUUUUCCCCUCAAUUUCGUUACAACUGCUGUUAAUCCAUGAAAAUGAAUUCCUGAAAUGAAUUCGUUUGUUUUGUUUCCUAUUUAAUCUUCUAGUUCUGCUUUUUCUUUAUUUCAUUAAUUUAAGAAUAUCGUGCGUCAUCCAAGCCUGUUUCUUCUGCCUUGUUCCCUCUCGUACGUAGGUGUCGAUAGUAUUCUUAAUCUCUAUAGGUAAAUCCUAUGAAGAAGAAGGGACUUUUGGACUGUGGAAAUUUAACCAGAAUCGGAUGAAAUAGAAGCAUCUUCUUAACUUUUGACUAACUUAGAAUGUUUGCGACGGCAGGAACUUUACUAAAAAAAUGCCGCAAUGAACAAAUUAGAGCAAUAUUGAAGCAGAACACCACAUGCACCUGAUUCCUUUGACUCAGCUCUGCAAGUAUUAACACUAAAACCAUUCCCACUUUUGAAAAAUCCUAAAUUUCCACUUUUACGAUUGAACUUUAGUGUAGGUACACUGUACAGUUGAGGACGAUUAAAGAUAAUUUUUAUAGCUCUACAUACAAAAUAAUCCUUUAUUUCCGCGUGGGGUAAUGUCUGGAAUAAAGUGCCCCACCCUGUACAUUGGCGUGUAAGUAUCUAACCUCCGGUUAAUUAAUGUAUGCAAAUCCUAGUCUUGUAAAUUCUAGAACGUGUUUUGUAUUUAGGUACGUGAAUCCCGUUGUAGCUGUAGUUAGGACCUGUAUUCGAUGGAAUAUUUGUAAGCGAAUUAUACUGUUUUAUUGUA